AUGCUCUUCGCGAAAUUUGAUCUAUUUUCACAACCUUUCCUUUUUAAUUUAAAUAAUAAUUAAUUUAAAAAAGGAACAAUAUAGGGUUUACUUUUGUCUUUGGGGAUAAUUGGGGCCAUACUUGCAUAUUUUAUUUACUUAACCUAUCUAUUUUUCGCUAAUAAAAUAGACCCUAUUUUCAGAUCGCAAAAUUUUGUCACUAAUGAGCUAAUAGAAGUACCCUUACAUGAAGAUUUAGUAGCCUUUAAAUUCAUCGAAAGCCCUUAAUAUACUCUUGAAUAAUUCUAAAAGAAAAUGAAUUAGACCUAUAUUAUACCUAUUGCUACUUUCGGGUUUCAAUCACAAAAUGGCUACAAUAUAACUUUCCUUAACAUCACUGAAUGCACUAAUCCUGACCUUUAUGGUUACAAUUGUUUAGAUUUUUCUACCUUGGCUAAUAGCAGUUUAUUGAAUAGCAUAAAAAAUAAUAUUUUUUCUGUUAUAACAAUCCUCUUUUAUCCUUGCCCAACUAUAGACAACAUAAAAACAUUUGCUCCAGAUAAUUGCGCUAGCUAAAGUGAUAUUGACAACUUUGCUGAUGGUGCCUUUACUUCACUACGUUUAAAAAUGUUUACUUAAUAAUACAAUACAACAAGCAAAUAAACUUAAGCUAAUUUUAAGAAUUUUUAAAUGUUUCCUUAGUCAGACUAAUACAUUUUGAAUAGGUAAUAUGUAUAAAACCAAAUAACAAAAGUGAAAGAUGGUUUUCUCAUUUAAUCUGAAACUGAGUAUAAUGCUCCUAUUUCGUAUUCAUAUGAAAAUCAAUAUUUUCCAAAUGACUAGAAUCCUUAUAUCUAAGUCAGUAUUCAAAUUGAAGAAGUCAUUUACUAAACAUCAAUUUAGUUUUCAACUUUCCCAUCAAUUUUAGCAUUAGUUAACAGCGCUUUUAGUCUUUUAAUGUUUUUAGGAAUCUUUUGCAGAAAAUUUGCAAAUAAGUCUAUACUGUAGGAUUUUUUUUGUGUCUUCUUGCAAAAUAUGCAUUAAAAUCUUUAUGAAGAAGUAUUGAAGCAGAAUAAUCUUUUUUAAUCAAAUUCUUACAACACUCAAAUAGAGACAUAAUAAAAUAAAUUGAUAAUUGGAUAAGAAUUAACUGAAAGAGAAGUCUUUAACAGCCUUACUAUACCUAAUUUCAUAACAAAAUCUCGAGAAUAUAUUGAACAAAGCUAAUAGCUAUAAAUAAAUACCACCCAGAAUGAAAAAGAUGAAAUUAUCGAAUCUGAAGAAGGUAGAAUGCAGUCAUAGCCUGAUUAAUAGAAAAAUAAUUAACAAUUUCAGUUUAAAAAUUAAGCAAUAAAUUAAAAUAAACAAAUAUAAAAUUAUUAAAUUAAUGAAGAUAGUAAAUUUGAUAACAAUAAUUUAUUAGCAAGCAGUCGAAGUGAUAUUAGAAAUUCAAAUGAAUAAACUUACCGUGAAAUUUUUAAUAAUUCAUCUAGAAGGUAAACAGGUCCUCAUAGAUUAAGUAUUUUUUAAAAUUGUAAUUAAAAUUAGUAAAGAGAUGUUGUACAUAACUUACAUUCUGAUUAUAAUAUUUCUUAAAAACCAAAAAUUGAAAAAACCAAUCCUAUCCAAACUCAAGAAAUCAAUCUAAAUCUUUCUUAAUAGAAUUAGAACAUUUAACAAAGCUAAUCCUAAUCAUGUUAGUAAUAAGAUUCCAUUAAAAUAAAAACUGAAGAGAACAAGAUGAAUGAGCAAAAGAAGAAAAAAAUGAAUACAAUCGAAUAUUACACUAAAAAGUUGAAAGUUAUUUAGGAUAUAAACAUUUUCAAAAAAUUUACCUCAAUCAAUUUCGGAUAUUGGUUUUCUAUUUAGAAGAGACUCAAAUUCUUCAAAAUCUGCAAAAAGAAGAGUGAAGAACAGGAACAAAAAAAGCUAAGCUUAUAAUAAAAAACAUUUAUAGAAUAGUAAGUAUUAAGGAGAACAAUACAGGUUUUACUCUUAUCUUUGGGAAUCAUAGGGGCAAUAAUUGCAUAUUUUAUUUACUUAGCCUAUCUAUUUUACGGUAAUAAAAUAGAUCCUAUUUUCAGAUCACAAAACUUCUUCACUAAUGAACUAAUAGAUGUACCGUUCCAUGAAGAUUUAGUAGCCUCUCGAUUCAUUCAUAAUCCUAAUUAGACUCUAGAAUAAUUGGAAUAGGAGAUGAAAAAAACUUACAUUGUACCUAUCGCUUCUUUUGCAUUUUAAUCAUAAACUGGUUACAUUUAUACUUUACUUAAUAUCUCUAAAUGCUCUAAUCCUGAUCUUUAUGGCUACUAUUAUUUAGAUUUUUCUACCUUGGCUAAUAGCAGUUUAAUGAUAAGCAUAAAUAACAAUAUUUUUUCUGUUAUAGUAAUCCUCUUUUAUCCUUGCCCAACAAAAGACAACAUAAAAACAUUCGUUCCAGAUAAUUGUGCUAGCCAAAAUGAUAUUGACAUUUUUGCUAAUGAUGAGUUUACCUCAUUUCGUUUAAAGCUAUUUACUUAAUAAUACAAUACUACUAGCAAAUAAAAUAAAGUUAAUUUUAAGAACUUUUAAAUGUUUCCUUAGUCAGAUUAAUACAUUUUGAAUAGAUAAUAUCUAUAAAGUAAAAUAGCAAAAGGGAAAGAUAGCUUUCUCAUGAAAUCUGAAUCUGAGUGUCUUAUGAAAAUCAAUUAAUAGAAUCCUUAUAUCUAAGUCAGUAUUCAAAUUGAAGAAGUCAUUUAAUAAACAUCAAUUUAGUUUUCAACUUUCCCACAAAUUUUAGCAUUAGCUAACAGCGCUUAGUUUUUUGAUAUUUUUUGGAUAACUUUGCAAAAAAUUAGCAAAUAAGUCAAUUCUGUAGGAUUUUAUUUGCGUCUUCUUGUAAAAUAUGCAUUAAAAUCUCUACGAAGAAGUAUCGAAAAUGAAAAAGAUGAAAUUAUAGAAAUUGAAGAAGUCAUAAAUUAAAAUAAACAAAAUUAAAAUUAGUAAAUAAAUGAAGAUAGUAAAUUUGAUAACAAUAAUUUAUUAGCAAGCAGUCGAAGUGAUAUAAGAAAUUCAAAUGAAUAAACUUACCUUGAAAACUUUAAUAUUUCUUCUAGAGGGUAAAUAGGUACUUUUAGAUAAAAUCUUUUCUAAAUUUGUAAUUAAAAUUAGUAAAGAGAUGUUGUACAAAAUGUACCUGCUGAAAAUAUUGUUUUUUAAAAACAAAAAAUAGAAAAAAUUAAUCCUAAAGAAAAUCAAGAAAUCAAUCUAAAUUUUUCAUAAUAGAAUUAGAACAUUUAACAAAACUAAUCUAAAUCUUGCUAAUAAUAAGAUUCCAUUAAAAUAAAAACUGAAUAGAACAAUAAGAGUGAGCAACUGAAAAAAAAAAUGAAUACAAUUGAAUAUUACAUAAAAAAGUUGAAAGUUAUUUAGGAUAUAAACAUUUUCAAAAAAUUUACCUCAAUCAAUUUCGGAUAUUGGUUUUCUAUAUACAAGAGACUCAAAUUCUUCAAAAUCUGCAAAAAAAAGAGCGAAGAACAGGAACAAAAAUAGUUGAGCUUAUAAUAAAAAACAUAAAAUUAAGAUAAAAGAGGUAAUUAUUUUGAGAGUUAAAUUGACAUUUUAGAUUCAACAGAAUUGUCUUGCUAAUAUAUUAAAAAAUUCAUUCUUAAGUGCGCCAAUAGCAAAAACACUCAAAUAGAAACAUAAUAAAAUAAACUGAUAAUUGGAUAAGAAUUCACUGAAAGAAGAGUCCAUAAUAGCUUCACUAUUCCAAAUUUCAUAACAAAAUCUCGAGAAUAUAUUGAAAAAAGCUAGAAUAUAUAAAUAAAUAACGCCUUUUAGAAUGGAGAAGAUGAAGUAAUCGAAUCUGAAGAAUAUAAAAAGCAGUAAUAGCCUGAUUAAUAGAAAAAUAGUUAUUCAUUUGAAUUUGAAAAUAAUGUGAUUAAUUAAAAUUAGUAAAUUAAUGAAGACAGUAAAUUUGAUAAAAAUAAUUUAUUAGCAAGCAGUCGAAGUGAUAUAAAAAUUUCAAAUGAAUAAUCUUAUCUUUAUAGCUUUAAUAGUACAUAAAGAAGGUAAAUAGGGACUUUCGAAUAAAAUACUUUCUAAAAUUUUAAUUAAAAUUAGGAAAGAGAUAUUGUACAAAGUGUACCUGCAGAGAAUAAUGUUUUUUAAAAACAAAAAGUAUAAAUAGUUAAUCCUAAAGAAAGUCAAGAAAUCAAUCUAAAUUUUUCAUAAAAGAUUUAAAAAAUUUAGUAAAGCUAAUCCAACUCUUACCGAUAAGAAGAUUCCAUUAAAAUAAAAGUAGAAAAGAAUAAAAUGAAUGAAUAAAUUAAAAUAAAAAUGAAUACAAUUGAAUAUUACACUAAAAAUUUGAAAGUUAUUUAAGAUAUAAAUGUUUUCAAAAAAUUUACCUCAAUCAAUUUCGGAUAUUGGUUUUCAAUUUAGAAGAGACUCAAAAUCUUCAAAAUAUGCAAAAAGAAGUCAAAAAAAGCUGAGCUUAUAAUAAAAAACAUUUAUAGAAUAAUAAGCGUUAAGGAGUAUGAAUAUCAUUGA